AUGGAAGCUUCGAUUCUACACCCUGACUCUCUCCUUCUCACGCGCCUACGGGCCACCUCCACAGCAUCUGCUGCUUCCCUCAGUCACCAGAUGCCGUGCCUUCUCUUUUCUUCUCCUGGACCGAAAAUUGUAUUGUCAUCAUCCAUUUCUUGGCCUCGCAGGUCGUCUUCCUUUAUAGCAGCUACAAGCAGUGGCACCUUGAUGGCUAACUCUCCAAAAAGUGGGGUAUAUACAGUUGGUGAUUUUAUGACAACGAAAGAGGAUUUGCAGGUGGUAAAACCAACAACAACUGUCGAUGAAGCACUGGAGACUCUUGUUGAACAUAGAAUUACUGGUUUUCCUGUGAUCGAUGAUGACUGGAAACUGGUUGGUCUUGUGUCAGAUUAUGACUUGUUAGCAUUGGACUCCAUAUCAGGUGGUGGAAGAACUGAAACUAACAUGUUCCCUGAAGUUGACAGCACUUGGAAAACUUUUAAUGAGGUGCAAAAGUUGCUCAGUAAAACCAAUGGAAAGCUCGUUGGUGACUUGAUGACACCAGCACCAGUCGUCGUUCGGGAAACUACCAAUCUUGAGGAUGCUGCAAGAUUAUUACUUGAGACAAAAUAUCGCAGACUUCCAGUUGUAGAUGCUGACGGCAAGCUGGUUGGAAUUAUCACAAGAGGAAAUGUUGAACAGACAUCUAGUCUAGGAAUAGGAGGCAGAACAUUUGGAUGUGAUGAGGAAACAGACGAAGACAGCAAACCCAUAAACUUGAAGAUUUGGAAUCUUUCGCCAUCUUUUGCGGUCAUUGCUGAACAUCUGUCAUUUCAAGCUCAUUCCAAUGCAUGUCUGUUGCUUUUUCGGGAUAUCAUUCAUGGCAGGGAUGAUUCCCUUACCACGGCCAAGGAACUAAAUGCACUUGUCGACAAACAUGAGAUAGUUACAAUUAUUUGUCCUUCAGAAUUUGCAUCAUGUAGAAAUUGUUUUGGAGAGUACAAAGCUAUUAUUGAUGUAAGAAUCAGUAACAUUUAUCCGCUAAUGGUGGCCUAA